AUGCAGCCAGCAAUGAUGAUGUUUUCCAGUAAAUACUGGGCAAGGAGGGGAUUUUCCCUGGAUUCAGCAGUGCCUGAAGAGCAUCAGCUACUUGGCAACUUAACAGUGAGUACUUUCUUGAAGGCAAAUAAAGCUAACUCUAACAGAAACGAUGACAACACAGGAAAGAAAGGAAGCAGCAAAAGUGACACUGCUGCGGAGAGUGGCAGAACAGCAGUUGUGUUCUCCUUGAAGAAUGAAGCUGGGGGGUUGGUGAAGGCACUGAGGCUUUUUCAGGAAAAACAUGUCAACAUGGUUCAUAUCGAAUCCAGGAGAUCCCGGCGAAGGAGCUCUGAGGUUGAAAUCUUUGUAGACUGUGAGUGUGGCAAAGCAGAAUUCAACGAACUCAUUCAGCUGUUGAAAUUUCAAUCCACCAUUGUGACUCUGAAUCCUCCAGAGAACAUUUGGACAGAGGAAGAAGAGUUAGAAGAUGUGCCUUGGUUCCCCCGGAAGAUCUCUGAGUUAGACAAAUGCUCUCACAGAGUUCUCAUGUAUGGCACCGAGCUUGAUGCCGACCACCCAGGAUUUAAGGACAAUGUCUAUCGACAGAGAAGGAAGUAUUUUGUGGAUGUGGCCAUGGGUUAUAAAUAUGGGCAGCCCAUCCCUAGGGUGGAGUACACAGAAGAAGAAACUAAAACUUGGGGAGUUGUAUUCCGGGAGCUCUCCAAACUAUAUCCCACUCAUGCGUGCCGGGAGUAUUUGAAAAACUUCCCUCUGCUGACUAAAUACUGUGGCUACAGAGAGGACAAUGUGCCUCAACUUGAAGAUGUCUCCAUGUUUCUGAAAGAAAGAUCUGGCUUCACUGUGAGGCCAGUGGCUGGAUACCUGAGUCCGAGAGAUUUUCUGGCAGGCUUGGCCUACAGAGUGUUCCACUGUACUCAAUAUGUCCGGCAUGGCUCAGACCCACUUUACACCCCAGAACCAGACACGUGCCAUGAACUCUUGGGACACGUUCCACUACUUGCGGAUCCUAAGUUUGCUCAGUUUUCACAAGAAAUAGGCUUGGCAUCUCUGGGAGCAUCAGAUGAAGAUGUUCAGAAACUAGCCACAUGUUAUUUCUUCACAAUUGAAUUUGGCCUUUGCAAGCAAGAAGGUCAACUGCGGGCGUAUGGGGCAGGCCUACUUUCCUCGAUUGGAGAAUUAAAGCAUGCUCUCUCUGACAAGGCCUGUGUGAAAGCCUUUGACCCAAAGACAACGUGCUUGCAGGAAUGUCUUAUCACCACCUUCCAGGAAGUCUAUUUCGUCUCAGAAAGUUUUGAAGAAGCCAAAGAAAAGAUGAGAAACUUUGCAAAGUCAAUCACUCGUCCUUUCUCAGUGUACUUCAAUCCGUACACACAGAGUAUUGAAAUUCUGAAGGACACCAGAAGUAUUGAAAACGUGGUGCAGGACCUCCGCAGUGAUUUGAACACAGUGUGUGAUGCCUUAAACAAAAUGAACCAUUAUCUGGGGAUUUGAUGCCUA